AUGAGUGAAGAAUACACAUAUGAUGACUUUUACAGCCUUGUGAAAGACAGUAUGACAGAAAAGAACAAAAUUUUUCCAGGGAUGAGUUUGGAAGAAAACAUUAAACAUAUGGCUCAGGCAUUAUAUGAUGCUGAUGGAACAUUAAAGAUCCAUAUCGUUAAGCCUUAUUUUGAUAAAGUCAAGGACAAAGACAUGAAAGAUUUAAUUAGAAUUGGAGUUCAGUUUUCUAGGUUUAUGCAAUGGCUUGGUCAUGUAGAAAACCCAAAAGAAAUAAGUAAAGUCAUGAAAGGUAAAAUAAAUGACUGGUUCCUUAAGUUUUAUACUAAUCCAGAGAGUAGAAAGCCUGAAGUGCAAGAAUUAGUUGAACAUCUAAAAGAAUGGACUGGUUUUCCUAUGAGCAUUGUGAAGUAUAGGUCUGACGUGAAUAAACAACAUCCACUUCACUGGCAUAAAUUCGAUAACGCAUAUUAUGAUAAGAAAUAUCAUGAUGUUUAUGAAAGGAGUUUGAAACCAAUACAACCAAUAAAAAAGAAAGACUUUAAAGAGCAUUUCAAUGAAGUUGUGUCAUAUCUUGAAAAAUCGCUCAAUAAGCUUCAUAAAAAGCAUGAAAACACAAAUCUUGGCAAAUCAAUUAAGCAGGAUGAUAAAACAAGUGAUGCAUUAAAUAAAUACAAUGACAAUAGAAAUAUAUUAAAUCUUGCAAAAUUUUAUAGGAAUGAGAAUAAAUUGAUGGGUUCAUUUUUUGGACUUGAUCGUGACCCAAAAAAUGAAGGUAGACCCGAACUUAAUGGAUUUUUCAAACAUAUGGCAAUUCAUAAGCUAUUAAAUCAUAAGCGACCUACCAACGAUAUUCUACGAAAAGUGAUGAUUAAUGAUAUAUCAGAUUAUCCAGAAGAUUUUGCUCUAGACGAAGUAAAAGAGGAAUCAGCACCAGUUACCCUAUUAGAGUUCGAUAAAUGGUUCAAAGAAUCAACAAAAGACUUAGAUUUGAGUAAAGAAGCUCUAGAUAAUGCUGAAAAAGUUGCUUGGAAUAAGUUCGAGCUAUAUUCUAAUGAUGAGCAUGGACGAAGUAUAAGAAAAAAGUCAAAGAAAGAUAAAGAGUAUGCACAGAAAGUAUCUCAUGAUGUUUUAAGUCCAAUGACAUUAAAACAAAUGGCAAUCAUUGAAGAAAGUAAGUUGUUGGAAAAACAAGGAAAAGGUAGAUAUAAUGAAACCAUUAAGAAAGCAAUUAAAUCCCUUAAAGAUCCAUACUUUCACACAUAUAGUGAGAAAGUUCAUUUAAAGGACAAUGAAGACAUUGAUAGAGAAUGGGUUAAGAGAAAUUUCUUAGCUCCAAUGAAUCCUUCAGUACUUACAUCAAUGUUAAGAAAUCCAAACAGCAGUCUCGGUUCAAUUGCAUCACAAAUUCAUGAAGGAGGUGUUGAUCAUUAUUUCUCAAGAGAUAAAGGUCGUGCAAGUGAAAAGAAAAAGAGUGAUAAUGCACGAGUCUGGAAUGAGCUUCAUUCACAAUACAUGAAAUCACUAGGAAAGAUAAAAGGAACAUAUCUUGCAGAAUUAGACAAAGACAUUGAUGAUGCACGUGGAAGACUCAUUGAUUAUACUAAGAAAAAGACAACACCAAACUUUAAGGCUUAUACACAAGCUUAUAACAAACUUGUUGAUAAAACAAAGAAUAUACCACAACCUUUAGUACGUUGUUUCCAUAAGUUAACUAACAUAGAAGAUAUGAGUGGUGAGAGUAGAUUCAAUGAAGCAUUUAGGAUGCCAUAUCCUGAAAAAAUUAGAGCAACAGGAAUAAAAGACUACAAAAGACUUCUUUUAGAAGAACCAAACUAUAAUGCAACAAAGUGGGAAGAAUUUAAACAAAAACCUUCACCACCAGUACCUGAAAAGCCUGGUGUGACAUAUAAGAAUCACACUAAUCCUCUUGAUAAAACCAAAAGGAACGUCAUAGACAUUAUGAAGAGGUCUCCAUCAUCUCGCGAAAAUGAUGAUGAACGUAAUUUAACUGUACGUCGUAACAAUACAGUAAAUAUCUCAAUAUGGACGAAUGAUCCAAGGAACAGAACAGACAUAAUUAUUCAUCAGAAGCCAUCUAAAAAUGAAACGUCAACUGAAAAGACAGAGAAAGCUCCUUUCAUUGGUCCUCAACCAGAACCUUUUAUACAUAAGUUUGGAACAUUUGCUAGUGGAAUUUAUAACAAAUUGUUUGCGAGAAAACCUACUGCUUUAUUAGACGUUGGUAAUCCAGUUGUUGACAAACCACUGAGACAAAAAGCUGUUGUAGAAUAUCAGUUCCCACGUUCUCCAUACAUUCCUCCACCGAAAGAAAAGGCAAUGCCAUUGACAGCCGGACCAUUUAUCGGUCCUCGACAACAAACUUUAAGAGAGAAGGCUUGGGAAAUAACUCAGUAUACUUUUAACAAAUUAUUUACAAGGACGGAAAAACCCAGUGCUUUAUUUGAUCUUGGUAAUCCAGUUGUUGACAAACCGCUGAGACCAAAAGCGAUUGUAGAAUAUCAGUUCCCACGUUCUCCAUACAUUCCUCCACCGAAAGAAAAGGCAAUGCCAUUGACAGCAGGUCCAUUCAUUGGUCCUAUGAAUAAACCUUUUAAAGAUAGGGUUUGGGAUAUUACUAAAGGAGUUUAUAACUGGAUGUUCCCUCCAAAGAAGCCAAAAUAUGAGGCAAAAUGGAUGAAACAAAGACAAAUGUCUUUAGAAGAAUACAAGUUCCCAAGAUCUUCGAUCAUUCCACCAAAGAACAGUGAAACUGCUGUUGCUGACACAAACCAACCAGUAAUUAAACCCGAGCCUAAAAGACAAAUGUCUCUAGAAGAAUACAAGUUCCCGACAACUACAAUUAAAUCAACAGCUGUGAAACAAUUAGCACCAUCAGUAUCUGGUCCUCCACCAGUUAAGAAUGUUCAAGGAACAGGUCUUCUAACACAUCAAAACAAUCCUGUUCCUUCAAUAUCUAUUGAACCAAGAGGAGGCAUAUCAACUCCAAGACCAGAUAUUGAUGAAGCAAUUGCUGGAAACGUGGAUCAUAAUCCUGAUAUUGUUAAGCAUACCAUUGAAAUCUUUGGUGACGGUACACCUCCAAAGGUUACAUCAAGUGAUGAUAAGAAGAAAGAUGAUAAGAAGAAGAAAGUGAAGAAGAUAGGAAUUGGUCAAAGAAUCAAUAACUUCGUUAACUUUGUUGAUAGAGCAACAAAUGUUGCAAGUAGAGCUGUUGAUGUUUAUGAUCGUGCAUACAAAUCAUUCUAUGGCGAUGGUACGGGUGGUGACAAACAAGAAUACCCAGAUAAUGAUGAAGAAGUUCCUACAAACAAUGUUAAACCUAACUGGGUUUCACCAACUUUGCAAAGACAAGGCGGAAGAGUUGCAUUUGAAUCAGCUAAGUUAGUUAAGACUGAUGGAACAGUAGUGAAGAAACAUCACAAGAAAAAUAGAAAGAUUAGAAAAGUAAAGAAGUAA